AUGGUGUUAAUUCAAGAUGCCAUUGGAGAAAAGGUGGGCAAGUUUCUCCAACUAGUAUCAACGUUUCUGGGUGGCUUUAUUAACGCAUUUGCGAGAGGCUGGCUUCUGUCCCUGAGUUAUGCUCAAAUCAGGUUAACGAGGGGUUUUGGUGCUGAUGCCAAGGAAAUUUAUGAACAAGCGAGCACAAUUGCCAGAGAUGCCUCUUCUGUUUUUAUGCUGCCCUUUUACGUCCGAUUCUCUUUGUACACAAUGGGACAGCAGAAGUUGGGCAAGUCUUCCAGUCGAGUUCGCUUGCUCGGGCUUUUACCAAAGUGCAAGAUGCAGCUGUCUCCAUUUUCAGGAUUAUUGAUAGGAUAUCCUAGAUUGACGCAGGCUCUGAGAUAGGAACAACACUAGACACGGUGGAAGGGAAUAUGGAGUUGCAGCAUGUGAGCUUCAAGUACCCUGCUCGUACUGACGUGCAAAUCUUCAGAGAUUUGUGCUUGAGGAUACCAUCUGGCAAGACUUGUGCUUGUUGGGGAAAGCGGAAGUGGGAAAUUGAGUGAUAGCCUUGAUCGAGAGGUUCUACGAUCCCGAAUCUGGCGCCAUCUUUCUACAUGGGGUUGAUCUGAAGACCCUCAAGCUCAGCUGGCUCAGGCAGCAGAUUGGUCUGGUAGGCCAAGAACCCGUUCUCUUUAAUGACACCAUCAAAGCAAACAUCGCCUGCGGCAAGAAUGAGCAGGUAUCCGGUGGGGGCUACGCAUCCCUUGUUGCCAUGCAGUCUAGCAGCUCAUGAACUGAACACACUAGCAACAAUUCUCUUGCUUCGUAGUGGUAGGACGAGAGUACAGAAUAGUCUUUGCCGAUUUCAGUUGGUUUUUCUUUUUUCAGUGUAUGAAAAUGACCAUAUUGUCACCGCAGCACCAUGCUGUCAACGCAGCAACAAGACAGGCUUCCAAUCAUUAUUUCCCGAAGGGUAAUGGAUAGGUUUUUCAUUGAUAACUUCCACUCCUUUCACUUGGUUUUGUUGGCACCUCUUCCAUAUACUUACAGCAUUGCUAAGGGCUAAGGCCGUUUCAAUCUGCUGAGUGCCCUGUUGCUGCUGGAAAUACAAUGAAUAGAUCCUACAGCUUUUCUGAGCUUGAAAUUCUCGACGGUUUAUUCCUAGAUUACAAGAAACCUUUGCUGUCGUCAAUCAAAUCUUCCAUAGUCGAUCUAGCAAUACAAACGCACAUGAUCCCAUUGCGUGUACGCCUUCAAUUUUUUAGUCAUCUAAUCUUGACCUUCGAACUCUGAUCCAAUAGCAGAAAGGAAUUAGCAGGGAGGGACUUAGUGAACUAGGUAGGGCCCAUGUUGACGUGUACAAAGUCCGACAUGGAGGAAAUGAGUCGGGACACCAUAUACAAGCAACUCCCCUUCUAUGCUAAGUUAGCUGACUGCUCCUUCGUGGAUAGAUGCCUAUUUAUGCACUGUAUAGAUUAAGAUCUCUCCUGACCUGGUCCACUUAAAAGAAUACCUCUUUUUGCAGAAUCGAUUGCUUGCAAUGAACUAUAUUGAUGAGGGUUCAGAUGACAAGCUUUAUGAUGCUCAGAGGUCCUUCUAUGCACUAUUAGCAAUGGAUGUGCCAUUUUUUAUGUUACUCCGUAGCAUGAUUUGUGUUUCUACAUGGUAUUAAUACUAUUAAGUACUUCCUCUUGCAGUGUCAGACUUUGAGAUAGUAGUUACUAGAGGCAUAUUGCUAAUGUUGUUUAUGUCUUCACAGUUUAUAUAUUUCACUGCAUUUUUUUGAGUUUGAGAGCACUUUAGCAUAACACUGGUAGUUUUAUACGUUUCAUUUGCUUACUUUGAGAGCACCUGAGCCAAACACUGGUAGUUCUAUACAUUUCGUUUGUUGAGUUCUAGAUCACCUGAUCCAAACAUUGAUGCUUCUCUAUAUAUAUCUGAACAGGGUGAGGCUAAGAGUGCAGAGCUGAUAGGCCAGGCCAUGGCCGACAACCCUGCAUUUGUCGCUUUCAGGUGGAUGAAGCUGACAUGGAGAUCGUCCAUACCAUCAUAAGCUCCAACAACAAGGUGUUCCUGGACUCCAGUGACCUGCUGCUCGGGCUCCAGGCCUCCAGCAGCUCAACAUCGUGGGCAAAGACAAGAAAUGAGACUGUUCUCCAUGGAAGAAGAGUAAUUUUGGGAUGAACGAGCACUGUAGUUUUCAGAACAUGAAAUGCGCCCUUGUCUGUGUCUAGGAUUCACUCUCACAGAACAUGAAAUGUGCUCUUGUCACUGUCUAGGAUUCACUCUCACAUAACAUGAAAUGAGCCCUUGCUGUUGCAAAUUGCUUUGUGAAAUUUGCAGUUGAACUGUCAGAUACUUUUGCUGUAUGAACCGCUGGGAGAAGGUUUAAUAGGAACGGUUUUGUAGCUUA